UAAACCUAUAAUGGAAUACAUCGUAAUCCGUCUGCUGAAUUCGCCCAUCUGAUCCGUCGCUGUAGGUGUCCAGACCCACAAUGGGACGGAUACACGUGUUCGUAACCGUCCUGACUGCGGUCAUGCUAGCUGCAGAAGCCAACUUCUUUCCACCGGGUCCAAUGAUGCGUCGUCCAAUGAUGCGCCGUCCAAUAAUGGGUCAUCCAUUUAUGAAGCAUAAAAUGAUGGGUCAUCCAUUUAUGAAGCAUAAAAUGAUGGGUCGUCCAUUUUUCAGGCGUUUUCCACCGUUCCGUAGAUUUGGUCCACCUCUUGGUCCUAUGAUGGGUCCCCGUCUUCCAGUUCCAAGAAUAGCCACAGUUCCAUUUGCCAUCCCACGUAUGCAUAGCCCGAUGGUUUACAACUGUAACAGCUGGUGGUAUUAUUACCAUCACUGGUGUUCUUUUCAUCAAACUAGACCAGUUUGGGGAAGGUCGCCUCAGAUGCCGCGACCUAUCUUCGGUGCUCCUAUGUUGCCUGUAGGAGGUCCUGGACUACCUAUAGGAUUUGGAGGUCCUGGACUACCUAUGGGAGUUGGAGGUGCCGGAAUGCCUAUAGGAGUUGGUGGUCCCGGAUUUUCUAUUCCCGGAUUUCCUAUAGGAAUGCCUGUAGGAGUUGGAGGUGCCCAAAUGCCUGUAACAGUAGGGGGUGCUGGAAUGCCUGUAUCAGUUGGAGGUCCCGUAAUGCCUGUAACAAUUGGUGGUGUUGGAUUUCCUCUGGUACCGACCAGACCGGUCUGGGGAGGUGCACCAACGACUAUGGCGUCACAGCUGGUCAGAGGACGUAACAUUGGUAUGGUUAUGGAAGGGCCAACGAUUACAAUAAAUACUAGAGUUGGACCUCCCAGACCAGGCCCUGCUCGACCUGGCGCUGCCCCGGGAGGAUACAGACGACCUGGUGCCAGACGACCUGGUGCCAGACGACCUGGUGCCAGGAUUGUACGUCCUGGGGUUGGCAUGAUUGCUGGCAGACCUGGUGCAAGAGUUGCACGUCCUGGACUCCGCAUAAUAGCUGGAGGGCCGACUCCUGGGGUUGUAGGUCCUGGAUUUAGCGUAUUUGUGGGACGAGGUGGAGUUGGUGCUGGAGUAGGACCUGGCUACGCGGUUGUUAGUCCUGGACAAGGUAUAGGUGCAGGCAGAGCUGGUGUCGGGGUUGUAGGUCCUGGUUUUGGCAUAGGAGCAGCGGGAGCUGGUGUUGGUACCGGAGUUCCUGGUUUUGGCGUAGGAGCUGGGGGAGGUGGAAUACGAAUUUUAGGUCCUGGUUUUGGCAUAGGAGCUGGAGGAGCUGGUGCUGGAGGACCUGGGUUUGGCGUAGGAGCUGGAGGAGCUGGUGCUGGAGGUCCCGGUUUUGGUGUAGGAGCGGGAAGUGCUGGUAUAGGACUUGUAGGUCCUGGUUUUGGCAUAGGAGCUGGAGGAGCUGGUGCUGGUGCUGGAGGUCCUGGUUUUGGUGUAGGAGCGGGGAGUGCUGGUGUAGGAGUUGUAGGUCCUGGUUUUGGCAUAGGAGCUGGAGGAGCCGGUGUUGGUGCUGGAGGUCCUGGUUUUGGCGUAGGAACAGGUGGCGCUGGGGUUGGUGCCGGGGGUCCAGGAUUUGGUGUAGGAGCUGGAGGAGCUGGUGCUGGUGCUGGAGGUGGAUUUGGUGUAGGAGCUGGAGGAGCUGGCGUUCCAUAUAACAUGGGAACAGGGGGUACUGUGUUUGGCGUAGGAACUGGUGCAGGUGGUGCCGGCGCAGGAUUAGGAGGUCCUACAUAUAUUAUAGGAACUGGAGCAGGUGGUUCUGGAUUAGGGGGUGGUGGAUUAGGGGGUGGUGGAUUAGGGGGUGGUGGGCAGAUGAUUGGAUCCCCGUACAAAUCAGUGUAUCCUGUUGGGAAUCAAAUGUUCGAUGCAGCCACAUUAGGAGGGAUGCAGAUUCAAGCACAUCCAAACCCGCAGUCAAAUACACAAACACAGCCACAACCGCAGCCUCAGCCACAGCCGCAGCCACAACCACAGCCACAGCCACAGCCACAGCCACAACCACAACCACAACCACAGACACAACCAGCAGGACGUUAAAUAUUCACUGUUGAACAUGUAUAUUAACUUUGAGGGGUAAAGCCAAGAAUCUCAUCGUGUAUGGAUCCAAGAGUUCUACAUCUCCAUCAGUAUCAGCAUUCAGCAAAGAGAGCUGCUCAUAAAAUGUCUUUUCAUUGUCAUUAAUAAAACACAAUGUUCGAA